AAAAAAGACAAGAGAAAGUGAAGAGUAGCUAUCAUGGGUGAUUAGUUUAAAGGAGAGCCUCUGCUACGUUUUUAGGGGUUGAAGUGAUAGAGAAGGCAUUAGAUAGAUUACUUUCACCAUCAUCUCUACUAUCACCAUAUACCACCACACUUCCUCUUCUUCUCUCUUUCUCAAAACAGAGUAGAUUCUCUGUUUUUUUUUCUUUUUUUUUUCAUCAAUCUGUUUGCUGAUAAAAAAAAAAAAUCUGUUUGCUGAUAUUCACUUUUUGUUGGGAGGUUCUGUUUCACUGCUGCAUUUUCCGAUGGAUCGUAAGAGUUGGCCAUGGAAGAAAAAAUCCUCAGAGAAAUCUGUUACAGUCACAGAGGUUCUUGACCAACACCAGGAAAAUGGGAAGAAGCCUAGCUACAUACAGAUCUCAUUUGAUCAAUACUCUGUUUUCAACGGUUUAAAAGACGAAGUUCAAAAAUACCAAGAAAAAGUUACAAACCUAGAAGAUCAGAUCAAAGAUCUUGACUCCAAGCUAUCUACAGCUAAUGCAGAUAUUACCGCCAAGGAGGUUCUCGUCAAACAACACUCCAAAGUCGCUGAAGAAGCCGUCACAGGAUGGGAAAAAGCAGAAGCAGAGGCUUCUGCUUUGAAAACACAUCUCGAAACCGUAACACUCGCUAAGCUAACCGUUGAAGACAGAGCUGCACAUCUAGACGGAGCUUUAAAAGAGUGUAUGAGACAGAUAAGAACUCUCAAAGAAGAAAACGAACAGAAGCUGCAUGACGUCAUCACAACUAAAACCAACCAAAUAGACGAACUCAGAGACGAAUUCGACUCCAAGAUCAGCGAAUUCGAGCAAGAGCUACUCCGCUCCGCAUCUGAGAACGACGCGCUCUCCAGGUCGUUACAAGAACGGUCCAACAUGCUUACGAGGAUCCGCGAAGAGAAGUCUCAAGCCGAAACCGAGAUCGAGCAUCUCAAGAAUACUAUAGAGUCUUGCGAGAGAGAGAUCAACACUCUGAAGUACGAGACUCAUGUGAUCACCAAGGAGCUUGAGAUACGCAACGAGGAGAAGAACAUGAGUAUGAGAUCAGCAGAGGCGGCGAACAAGCAGUGUUUGGAAGGUGUUAAGAAGAUUGCGAAGCUGGAAGGUGAGUGUCAGAGGUUAAGGACUCUUGUGAGGAAGAAACUUCCAGGUCCUGCUGCUCUUGCUCAGAUGAAAAUGGAGGUUGAGAGUUUAGGAGGAGGAGGGAGAGGAGGAGGAGAGUAUGGAGAUUAUAGGCAAAGAAGGUCACCUGCUAGACCUUCUAGUCCUCUCAUGUCUCCAAUGUCACAUCAAAUCUCAGAGUUCUCGUUUGAUAAGUUUCAUAAAGAGAAUGAUUUGUUGACAGAGAGGUUAUUGGCGAUGGAGGAAGAGACUAAGAUGCUUAAAGAAGCUUUGGCUAAGCGUAACAGCGAGCUUCAAGUGUCGAGGAACCUCUGUGCUAAGACGGUUAAUAAGCUUCAGACAUUAGAAGCUCAGAUGAUGAUGAGUAAGAGUAGCUAUGAAAAUUUCUCUCAUCAAAACGCUAGUAACCCUCCAAGUAUGGCUUCUAUGUCUGAAGACGGAAACGAAGACGCUAGAUCUUUGAUGUCUGAACACUCUCAAGCCAACAAGGAUAAAAACAACGCGAAGAUGAAGAAGACAGAGAGUGCUAACCAGUUGGAGCUUAUGGAUGAUUUUCUAGAAAUGGAGAAGUUAGCUUGUCUACCAAAUGAUGAGGUUUCACCAGCGACGACGCAGCAGCUUAAGAAAAGAAUCUCAUCUUUGCUUCAGUCUCUCCCCAAAGAUGCUGCCUCUGAGAAGAUUUUGCAAGAGGUACAAUGUGCCAUUGAAGAAGAAAAAGAUGUAGCAAACAUGUCAGAUGAGAGCACUGAGGAGAAAGUGAUAACACAAGAAUUGGCUCACGCUCUUUCUCAGAUAUAUAACUUUGUGACCUACCUUGAGAAAGAAGCAACGCAGUGUCAAGACACGUUUGCUCAAAAGGUUCAAGAGUUGUCUGUCACGUACGAGAGAGUGUUGAGCAAGGAGAAAACUGUGGUUGAUUUUCUGUUUGAUCUCUCAAGUGUUUUAGUUGAAGCUAAUGAGCUGAAGAUCAAUGUGUCUGAAGUUGAGAUUCACAGUCCAGAUUGCAUUGAUAAAGUGGCUUUACCGGAGAAUAAAGCAAUUCUUAGAAAAGAUUCAUCAGGUGAACAUAGUUGUUCACAUAACUCUGACUCUGAGAUUCCAGAUGACUGCAUUGACGCCAAGCUCUCAACAGUUUGUAAGUUUACAUCUGAAGAGUUUGAAGGAUUGAAACUUGAGAAAGAAAAGGCAGAGACUAAGCUUGCAAGCUGUGAAGCUGAUCUUGAAGAAACUAAGUCAAGACAACAAGAAACAGAGAAUCUUCUUGCUGAGGUGAAAUCAGAUUUGGAAUCUGCUCAGAAGUCUAGUGGCAUGGCUGAGACUCAGCUCAAAUGCAUGGUGGAAUCAUAUAGAUCUCUUGAAACUAGAUCAUCUGAGCUGGAAAUUGAGUUGAGUUCUCUGAAAGGGAAGAUUGAAAACUUAGAAGAUGAGCUUCAUGAAGAAAAGGAGAAUCACCGUGAGGCUUUAACCAAGUGUCAAGAACUCGAAGAGCAAUUACAAAGGUAUGUUAAAACUGAACAUUACUCUUUUUUUUAUUACCAUAAAGUCUCUAAAAAUCUACAAAACUUCAGGGACAAGCAAAAGUGCCCUACUUGUUCAGUAAAUGAAGCUGAUCCUAAAACCAAACAGGACAAUGAAUUAGCAGCUGCUGCAGAGAAGCUACAAGAGUGUCAAGAGACUAUAUUACUUCUCGGGAAGCAACUCAAAUCCAUGUGUCCUCAAACAGAACAGGUUGCUUCGUCUACAAGCCAAGAACAAACCCUAAACCAAGAAGAGGACAACGAAUACGCAACUAUAAAUCCUCAAGACAUCAGAUCGAGCUCGCCGUCAGAGACACCAUCAAUGUCUACAAUGAGAUCUCCGGUAGGAGCAAAACAUAGACACACCAAGUCAAACCCAUCAUCAUCGUCCUCGUCGGGACUUACCCCUGAGAAACACUCUAGAGGAUUCAGCAGGUUCUUCUCCUCUAAAGCAAAGUAAACCAACAAAAAUCCCUAUAAAUCUAACUAUGUUGUAUAUCGUAUCUAUUGCUAUAUAUACGGUAUUUUUUUUACUAUGUGGGAAUGUUGUUUAACUUAAGUUUUUUUUUCCCGUAAUGACAACAAUUUGGUGUUGAAUUCUACGGCUUGUAAAUGUCAUUCUACCCGUCUCUUUGUAUUGUUUUUUUAUGUAUAAGGGUUCUAGAAAAAUACAUUAAUUAAAAGACGAUUUUAAUGCUAAAAUUCAC